AUGGGAAUUUGUGAUUCUAAUUACUGUUUUCGCGUCAUUGAUAUAGGGUCAUAUGGCAAGGAAAGCGAUUGUAAUAUUUUCAAACAAUCAUCUUUUGGUAAAAAACUAUAUUCUGGCCGUGUCAACUUUCCAUGUGAAAAGCCAUUACCCGGAGACGAACAAGGUGUUCCUCAGCCGUUUGUGUUAGUCGGAGACGAAGCUUUUGCGUUGAGCAAGCAUUUAUCGAGGCCGUUUCCCGGGAGAAAUUUAAAUGAUGAACGACGUAUUUUCAAUUAUCGUUUGUCUAGAGCGAGACAACAUAUUGAAUGUACGUUUGGUAUCUUAUCAAAUAAAUGGAGAGUAUUUCAUUCAAAUAUUUUAGUUGAACCGGAUUUUGCUAUUUCAAUCACCAAAGCGUCUUGUGUCUUACACAAUUUUGUGCGUCGUAGAGAUGGAAUUCACAUCGACGACACGUUAAACUGUAUGUUAGGAGAUGUGAAUGAAAAAAAAGGAGUCGGAAAUGCUCCAUUAGAAGCAAAAAAUGUUAGAGAAUAUUUUGUAAAAUAUGUAAACAAACCAGAAUUUUCAUCAAGUUGGCAAAAUAAAGUUGUGGAAUAA